UGAAAGCCGCGUGUCAAUUGAAAAAUUAAUUUUAACUUUUAUUUCGCGUAACAGAAACUGACAAAUUUUCAAAAAGACAAUAAGAUAUUCGAAUUUUCGUCGCCCAUUUAUCCGUAAUUAAGCCAUGUGCUUGUCGCAGCACUGGACUUUUUAGUUUAUCAUGUUUUUGGUGUAAUACUGCUCCGCCAUAUUGGAAUUUCUUAACCUUUGAUAAAAUUGCAUUAGAUAAGCCUUUAAACUAAUUCGUUCUAAAUUAUCGGUCGACGGCAGCAUUUCACGAGCAAGAUUCCUUUUGUCGAAAAUGUUCAAUGGACGAAUAAGGACCUAAAAGUGCGUGUUGUGAUGUGCCAAUUAUCGUGAACAUAUGCAGAUUAGGAAUAGAGAUCCGUGGCGCCCGUUUUGAGGUACCCAGGGCCCGAAAUCGAAGAUGAGUGGUAACCAGAAACAGUCGGCCGCAGGGGGGCCGCAAAUCCAAAGAUACUCCACCUCACCAUAUCCGCCUUUACUGCCUCAACAACCCAACAUCGGCUUUGCAGGAUCGGACGCGUUCCAGGUGACAGGACCGGGCGCCGGCUACGUGCAGCAGGCGCAGCCCAACCAGGGCGCAGGACUCAGGGGCAUACCGCCCCAGGGGCCUCCCAACCAGUCGUCCACGCCGCCCAACGCCGACCUCAAGGGCCUCUCCGGACAGAUACAGCAACUGUCGUUUGGGGUACCUACUCCAGUGAGGCCGUCGGGGAACUACUACCAGCGUGGAGCAACGGGAGCACCUCCCAACCAGACACCUAGGAUGCCUACACAACAGCAUCGGAUGAUGGGUUUGUUACAGCCUCAGAUGUUCUCUUCGGCCAACCAGACCUACAUGAUGCCCGCGGGGGUGUACCUGCCGGGCCCCUACUAUACAGCUUACAACACUCACGCCCCCAGGCCCCCUAACGUCAUUUCCCCAGCCUACUCCACUCCCGUCUACCAGCACACCAUGCCCUACAACUCGUAUCCGCAACCGACCACAGCCGGAGUGGCGCAAUUCCCUGUGUACUACCAGCAACAGGCCGGCAUGAUCCCCCGCACGGCCGUCACACCCGCGGCUGCCGCUCCUCCCGCAGCUGCUCCCGGUAACAUGCCCACGCAGCUGCUGCCUCCUCCGCCAGGUCAGGCGCACGUGGGAGGCGCCGGUGCGGGAGGCGGGACGUUCCCGCGCAACGCGCAGCGCCAGCGCAGGCCGAGGGCGCUGCAGAUCAUCGACCCGAAGACGGGCGAGGACAAAUCGAACGAGAUCUACGACGAGAGCAACUCGCAUCCCGCGUCGGCGGAGUCGUCUGCGCGGCAGACGCCCCAGCCAGCGCCGCAGAACAAUAAAGAGGUGCAAGCGAUAUUCGCGAAACAAGUGGCGCAGGCACUAAACGACGACUUGAAGCCCGAGACUCCCGAAGAGACCCUCCUGCACGAGCCGCCCCUGGUAGAACAGUUCCAUAUUCCUCCGCAACCGAUGGUUCAGCCCGUGCAUUACGACGUGCAAUCUAGUACUUUACAGCACACAGCAAAAGAGUUCAUUAGUUCGUCGAAAAAAGAAGUGACCCCUAUAGUCUCGGCCAAUAGCGACGCCGCUGAGGUCAUCCUGACGAAAAAGGACCGCGAGAGUCCCGUCAAGGGCAGGCGGCAGAGUCCCAGGGACCAAAAACCGGAGGCCCCCGUCAAAGAUAGUGAUAAGGUUCCUUCUAUCGUUAAAGAAGAGAAACAACAUGUAGUGCCUCAACAGACACCCGUCAGUGCCCCUAUCCCAGUUGAACAGGCGCACCAACCUGUCGCGGCUAAGGAAACGCAGAAAGAAUCUGCCGAAAAGAAAGGGAAGAAACUGUCAACCAGUGAACCGGAACAGCCCCAAAGUCAACCCCAACAGGCUCCAGAUGUCAGUAUAUCGAAUAAUGGCAAAUCGAAAAACGCUCACAGAAACAAACAAAAUCAGCAGCAACAACAGUCCCACCAAAAUGCCAAACCACAGCCCCCUCCCCAUCAACCGCAGCAACCUCAACACCAACCGACUCCCCCUCAACAACAGCAACAGCAUCAACAAGCUGCUCCACCUGUCCCGACGCCGCAGCCUCCCAAGUCCGGCAACAGGACGCAAAAGUCGAAAGAGCUCAACAUCAAGGGUGCGAGCAAAGAGGGCACCGACAUGGAUGCCUUCAACGACAACAACGGUGGCGCCACCACGCCUAAAUCGACGGAGAUCAACGCCAAUUCGGUCCCCGUGGCGAACAACAGGGCUGACGUAAAUGCCAAUGCUGGGCCUCCCCAGCAGCAACAACAGAAGCAGCAGCAGCCACCUCAAGUCGUUCCUUCCAAUGUAGAGACUGAAAACUUAGUUAAUUCGAUUAGUGAUCAUAAGAAAAAAACAACCGACUCGAACGAAAACGUAACGACGACGACAAUCAAACCGGCCGCCAGCGAAGCUCCGGCGCCCCCAGCUUCCGCCAUCGUGAACAGCAGAGCCCCGCCGGCUUCCGCCGUACCAGCGGCGGCUGUUGCACCGCCCGCGGCCAAACCAGUGGCAUCCAAGCCGGCCUUCGACGUCACCAGCAUCAUCAAGGACGUGCCCAAGCAGGCGCCGGUGCACCCCUUCCCCCAGGGAGGCGCUGCUCUUCCUCAGACCGUGGUCACGCCCUCGGAGAACCACGAGAGCGCUGGCGACGGCGACAGGAACGCCUACGGUAACGAUAGGGGCGCGGAGAGGAAGACGGAGGGCGUAGUCAGUAACAAGGUGAACAUGGAGAACGCCAUCAAUAAUUUCAAGAGUCAGUUGCCGUACAGACCAGGUCAGUGGGCACCAGAUAACAAAGAUGGUCAAAGGGUGUACGAAAGAGACUUUUUGCUCGCGUUGAAACACUCCCCAGCCAGCAGGCAAAGGCCUGAAAAUAUACUGGAUGUUGUUUCGAUAGACGAUAGAAACCGUAUUCCAAUGGAUUCACGUUUAUCCAUGGGCGGUAGGACAGACUUCACAAACCCACCCUUCCCUAAUUACGGUGGCAAAUCAGGAUCACAAAGAGGGCCAUUGCCAAAGAGGAACAGUCAAACUGGCAAAAUGGGCAGUAGGACUGGUGACAAGAACGCCAACAAGCCUCAGCCCAAAGUGUCAAUAUCGUUGCGCGGCGAUGUCAAGUUGCACGAAGCUGAAAACGCGUGGAAACCGACCAGGUUCCAAAAGGGUGAAAGUACUCCUGAGGAAGAUACGAAAACCGAAAUUCUGUACAAGAAAGUAAGGUCGGUGCUGAACAAACUGACUCCCCAGAAAUUCGACACGCUGGUGAAACAGUUCAGGGACCUGAAAAUCGAUACCAAAGAACGACUACAGGGUGUCAUCAAUUUAGUUUUCGACAAGGCUAUCGACGAGCCCAAUUUUUCCGUGGCCUACGCGAUGAUGUGCAAAGAAUUGCAAAUAAUGGCUGUGCCGACCGAAAACGUACCCGAAGAAAAGAAGACGUUCCAUUUCAGGACGGUUCUGUUGACUCGUUGUCAGAACGAGUUCGAAAAGAAUUCCGUGGACGAAGGCGAGAGAAAUACGAAAGUCGAGGAGAUCGAAGCAUGCGCGGAUCCGGAAAAGAAGAAGGAAUUAGCUUUUGAAUUAGAAGAAUACAACAGGCGGUUGCGUAUGAAAUCCGUAGGAACUAUUAGGUUUAUAGGUGAAUUAUUCAAACAACAAAUGUUGACCGCCACAAUCAUGAAGAGGUGUUUGCAAACGUUGUUGGAGAACAAAGACGAGGAGAGUUUAGAAUGUUUGUGCAAAUUGCUGACCACGAUCGGUAAAGAACUAGAAUCGAAAGGCGUAGAUUUGUCGGUGGUGUUUGAUGAAAUGAGGAGAAUCACAGAAGGAAAGAGGCAAAAAGUCAGCAGCAGGAUCCGGUUCAUGUUGCAAGACGUCUUGGAACUCAAAUACUCACAUUGGGUGCCCAGGCGGGGUGAUUCGAACCCCAAAACCAUCGACCAGAUCCAGAAGGAAGCGGAGUCCGAGCAUAUGUCCUCGAUGACGAUGAACGCGCCCAGGAAGGACGAGCGGAACAGCGGGCCCAGGGGCGGCGGCGGAGGAGGAGGCGGCGGCGGGGGCGGCGGUCCCCGUCCCAAGACGAACGAGGACGGCUGGAGCUCGGUCAGUUCGAGGUCAGGGCGGCAGCAGCAGUUCAGCAUACAGACCGAAAAGAUGCGCAUCAAGUUGCCUGAAGCCGAUCUAAUGUUUGGAUCGCCCCAGUUGUUUGGUAUGUGGGGCAAAGGUUCCAGCACAUCGAAAAAUGCUCAACCUUCUUUCGGAUCGAACAUGUACGCAGCCUUAGAAAACAUGGACACUGAAAGGAGGCCUAUCAAUCCCCGAGGCAAGGAACCGUACAGUUCGAAGGGACCCAGCCUCGAGCGCAACUCCUACAAACCACCCUCCUCGUACGACGGGCGUGGCUCCAGGUCCGGCUCCCAGCACAGGGACGCCCCUCCUACCGGUCCCAUCAGAACAGGCCCCCCGCCUUCGCUGCCUAACCUCAUGCAGCACAUCUCCACCGGCCCGCCCUCCCUGCAACAGCAACAGCAAAGGCCUGUGUCCGCGGCUCCGCCUACGCUGGUCACGCCUCCCGCGCCUGCUCCCGAGCAGCAACGGCCGGAACCGGAAAUGGACGAGGACAAGUUGUGCAAUCUGGUGCACAAUUCGCUGGACGAGUACUUGGCUGGGUGUUGUACGGAGGAGACGUUCUAUCAGGAUCUGGUGGUGACGAUACCGACGAGCGCCUACGCCAAGUUGGUGUGCGAAAGUUUCAACUACGUGUUGGAGAAAUCGCAACCGGCCCGACUAAAAAUCGGCAAACUUUUAGCUUACCUAAUCAAGACUGGAAAUUUCUCAUUGGACACGCUCACGGUCGGUCUAGAAGAAUUCCUCAGUUACAGCGAGGACCUGGUGAUAGAUAUUCCCCAGAUAUGGCAGUAUAUUGCCGAACAACUAGUUAACUUAGUAACAGAGUGCGUGCUUCCCAUCAACGUCCUGCACGGUCUGCUAGCCCCAUUGGUGCGAUCGGGCGCCGCUCGAUUUGUUUUAAAGCACCUGUUCGCCCUGGUCGUGGCUCAAAAGGGCCCCAAUUUCUUGGAGACCCUGUGGAGGAAAUCCGGCUCGCAAUUGACGGAUUUCAUGGCGGAGAACCAGGUCUCGGCUUUCGUCACGGAAAACAAAUUGGAAUUCUUGUUGGGCGGCAGUUCACCUGUAGGCCAGAAUUCUCAUUCCUACGAUGAAAUCCACAGAAAACUGAGACAAUUCCUGUCGGAACAGGCCCGAUUUGACGAUAUCGUCAACUGGAUAUCGGCAAAUGUAGGCGAACGGGUGGCGGACCACAAGUUCAUCAAGGUGCUGGCCACUGCCAUCUUCGAAACUUCCAUACAAAGCAACAAGCUGGUGCCCGACGUGCUGUCAGGUCACGGCAAGCUCUUCCAGAAAUACGUCGAUAACAAUAUGGUGUACGAGCUGCAGUGCCUGUUCGCGCUACAGGCGCUCAUCAACAAGCUGGAACAUCCUCAAGGGUUGUUACUGUCCAUUUUCAAUAAAUUGUAUGAAGAUAGUACGUUUUCUCAAGAAAGUUUCAUUGAAUGGUCGGGCAGUCAAGAACUCUCCGAGGGCAAAGGUGUGGCCUUGAAGCAGCUAACCUCGUUCUUCACCCAGCUGCGAGAAAAUGAAGACGACGACUACUCUUCGGAUUCCGGGGACACCUAGCACGGACGCUUUAGUGAAAAAAACAAAAGGACAAAAAAAAUUGCAUAUGAAACAAAUAGUGAAUUGAUAUAAUUAUAAUAAUAAAUACCGAUGACUGUAUAAAAGGAGAAAAAGUUGUGAACAGUGAUGCAUAAGUGUACAUAUACGUACUUUUUUUAAAAGAAGAUAUAUAUAUUAUAUAUAUAAAGUCGUAUUUAAUUUUUUUAACUCGUCACGAUCAGGUUUCGAUUCGCGGAUCGGGGAUGAUUUUUACACUUUUUAUUUAUUUAUUCGGAAAAACAAAAACUGAAAACUAAUAAACAUUUUAUAUUAAUUAUUAUAUUUUUAUCGAUUGUUGGAAGUAGAAGGAGGCGUUGGUGUUGCGCGGAAGCAACGGAAACGUGUUAUACAUAUUUAAAAAAAAUGGAUAUAUUAUUAUUAUUGGCGUGGCAUACCAAUGCCGUGCACGUGCUAUACAGCAGCGGGUUUAAGAAAAUUAAUUGUAAAUUUUAUUUUGUGUUAUUUGUUUUAUUUUUUCUCUUCUUGCUCGAUAUUGUUAAGUUGUAUAUUUAAAUAUUAUUAAUAUUGUGUAUAAUAAAAUAUACAAAGUGCACAGAAGACUUUUUUAAGAGAUUUCAAGCUGCGGAGACAAACUGUUAAACUUGUUAAAAAACACAGAAAGGAACUAGUCGAAGACCUGUAAUUUUGUAACAAUACACUACACGAAGCUGUAUUUUACAUAUUACACUGUCUCUUAGGACUGUUUACAAAAACAUGGAAAAAAUAGUCUCAAACCAAACUCCUAGUACGCGAUUGCAUCAAUUUUCUAUUAUACAUAUAAAAUGAGUCGCGCUGAUCGCUUGAUUUGAGACUGUUAGGAAAAAAAAAGUAAAAAACGUGGGCAGUUUUCAUAUACCAUGUAGAAGAAAGAAGACGUUGAAACAAUUUGUGCGAAACUUUUUUAUAAAAUUAUAAGUUGUAUUAUUAUCCUCAUAAAAUCUUGAUAUAAAAUGAAGAGAUGCCAACA